AUGGAAAGCCAAACUACGGAGCUUAAGAACUGGUGCUGUGGUGAGGUUUUAGCUGAGGCUCAUGCACUUAUGGUCCUCAUUCCCGAAGAUGUGGACAUCACUAAAAUUGAAGACACCCUGCAGACAAAAGAGAAUGUUCCUCUUGAAGUGCUGCCACCUGAUGGUAAAGAGGCGUGGCCUAUCGUCAUAGUAGGCGAAGCCCCACCUGCACCUGUGGAUGAUUUCAAUGAGAAGUUAGCAGGACUGCUGCUGGCCGAAGGUAAAACGGGGGACGACCUCCAGAGCAUAUUCUCUAUUCCAGACUCUCCCACUAGCCCAACAGAGUCCAUCCUGCGUGCACUUAGUGAGUUGCUUGACAAGACAAAGCCCCCUAGUGAGCAUGGUGAUUAUCGCCGCCUACGUCUUCUCUCCAGAACCCUGCCCACUCCAGCAGGUGAGGAACAAUUUGAACACUGGUUAGAGCAAGCACGGCCUAUUGUUGAAGAGAGUGCCUGCUCUCUUAAGGAGAAAAGGGGGAGACUGAUGGAAAGACUCAAAGGCUCAGCACAGGGAAUAGUUAAAUCAGCACAAGCCAGCAAUCCUGAUGUUAGCCCUGAACAGUGCCUGGAAGCACUUGAGCAUGCUUUUGGGACUGCAGAGUCUGAAGAUGACCUAUCCUUUGCGUUCCGCUUAAUGCAGCAGCAGUCAGGUGAGAAGCUCUCUGACUUCCUGAGGCGUCUGGAGCAGUCGCUGGAUAAAGUGGUUCAGUGA